UUGCGCCAGUGCGCAGUAGCUAGGAGUAGUGUAGGACAGUACGUCGGAAAUGUCGCGGGCAUGCGGCCGUGGUGGCGCCGACAAAGCUUGCCGCUUCGUCCACCUCGGGCUGCUCCUGGACGUCGUCCUUGCGCUGCGGCGCGGCGUCCAGCCGGCGGCGGCGUCGCAGAGGGAGUGGCCCGUCGGCGACAGCAGCGGCUGGACCUUCGGCGUCGUCGGGUGGCCCAACUACAAGCCCUUCAAGUCCGGCGACGUGCUGGUGUUCACGUACGAUCCGAGCUCGCACAACGUGGUGGCGGUGAGCGACGUGGACUACGCGCUGUGCAAGGUGCCGGCCAACGCGACGACGUACAGCUCCGGCGACGACCGCGUCACGCUCUCCCGCGGCGUCGCCUUCUUCAUCUGCGGCUUCCCUGGGCACUGCGACAAGGGCAUGAAGAUCGCGGUCACCGCUAGAUAGAUCAUGGAUGAAAAUAUGCGCCGCACGUUGUUCUAUGUAUCCGCCGUGCUAGCUGCCGCAUCGUUUCUGAAACUAGAAGAGAAUGUGUUUUUGAUAGAUAUAAGAUUAUCUGAUUUCGU